AUGUCUUCCCACGCCCAGCAGCAGGACGCGUCGGCAUACCAGAGCAACGUUGCCAACUCGACCAAAGACAACGACUCCACCGCCCCCCUUGUCCACGACGCAGCUGGGACCGAAUCCAACACUGACGGGAAGCGGAGAAGCUGGCUCUCCAAAAUGACACACCACCAUCAUCAUGAUAAAGGCGAGGAGAAGACGAGGAAGUCGUCCAUUUCGGACUCGGGUCCAUACGUAUUCGCCUUUGAUCCGAAGCAGGGCAAGGAGGUCCUUGUAAAGAACCCGCAUUGGCCGAAUGAAGAUUCUUGGAAGCGAGAGGACGGCGAAUGGGCCAUGGGGUCAAUGAUGGGGGCGCAGGGCAAAGAUUUCGGAGGCACCGUGGGAUAG